AUGUCUGCUUUUGAUCUGGUGAAUCAAAGCAUGCAGCAUGCAGAGCCUGAAGUAGAAUUUAUCGCCCCAUGGAUGAAAGUGAAGGAUGAUAUGUUUGUCUUUGUGGAUGGUAAAUGGGUGAAUGCGAUCUGCUGCCAGCCAUCCUUUCCUUCCCAGAAAGUCUUUAGCAAGAAGGCACAGAAUGAGUGGAGCAUCUGGGAGGAGAACAGAGCACUCUGGGAGGAAAACCAAGUCCUCCGGAUAGAAAACAGGAUGCUCUGGGAAGAAAACAAGGCUCUACAAUGUCAGCAGUCACAGAACAAAGCUGUCCAGGUUAUUUACAGUGAUGCCAUUCAGCAAAGCAUCCAGAAGGAAAAUAAGCCAUUCUCAUUCUUCCAAGAGAGGAAUAUAGGCUUUCAGAUCAGCUCAAGCAACAAAACCCUCCAGGCAUUCCAGGAAAAGAAAAGAGCCUUAGGGGAUUUCCAGCAGGAUAAUAGAAAAGUCCACAUUACCUGGAAAGACCAAAAAGCUGAUACUAACACCAUCACAGUCAAUGAAGAUAGCAAAGAUAUCAGCUCAGACCUUCAGAAGGACACUGGUGCCAUCACAGUUGGGGAAGAAGGUAACCCUGGCCAAGCCCCCCAGCAGGAACAUGGAGCUAAAAACAAAAACCCCACUGCAACCCAGGAUAAGACCAUGUCUGCCCCAAGCAUGCAGAGUGAGUAUGAAAUCCUCCGGGCUCUCCAGGACUUACAUGAGCUCCUCUACGUUUUCCUGAAAGUGAACCAUCAUAUCACUGGGGAGAAACCAGGCUGUCAUGUUCUCUAUGAUGUGAACAGAGCCUUCCAAGAAGAUUACAAUAAACUGAAGCUGCAGCUGAAUGCUGUGAAAAACACUGUGUCAGACAUUACAGCUCAAAUGGAAAUGUUGGAAAAGGAGCUCAUUACCAUCACUUGCCCAAUGUAUGAAGAAACAGGACUGAACCUGGCACCUGGGCAUCAGUUUGGAGAGAUGUGA